AUGAAGGCUUGUGGACCAAGCAAGCUCCUGAAGGAGGCAAGCUCCUGGACCAAGCAAGCUCCUGGACCAGGCAAGCUCCUGAACCAGGCAAGCUCCUGGACCAAGCAAGCUCCUGGACCAGGCAAGCUCCUGGACCACGCAAGCUCCUGGAACAGGCAAGAUCCUGGACCAAGCACGCUCAUGGACCAGGCACGCAAGCUCCAUUCUCUCAGUUUCCAUCACCCCGCCCAAUUCUCCCGCGUUCCAUCACCCCGCCCCAUUCUCCCGCUUUCCAUCACCCCGCCCCAUUCUCCCGCUUUCCAUCACCUCGCCCAUUCUCCCGCUUUCCAUCACCCCGCCCCAUUCUCCCGCUUUCCAUCACCCCGCCCCAUUCUCCCUCCUUCCAUCACCCCGCCCCAUUCUCCCGCUUUCCAUCACCCCGCCCUGUUCUCCCGCUUUCCAUCACCCCGCCCCAUUCUCUUGCAUUCCAUCAACCCGCCACAUUCUCCUGCUUCCCAUCACCCCGCCCCAUUCUACCGCUUUCCAUCACCGUGCCCCAUUCUCGCACUUUCCAUCACCCCGCCCCAUUCUUCCGCUUUCCAUCACCCCGCCCAUUUCUUUCACAUUCCAUCACCCCACCCCAUUCUCCCGCUUUCCAUCACCCCGCCCCCUUCUCCUGCUUUCCAUCACCCCGCCCCAUUCUCCCGCUUUCCAUCACCUCGCCCCAUUCUCCCGCUUUCCAUCACCCCGCCCCAUUCCCCGCUUUCCAUCACCCCGCCCCAUUCUCCCCUUCCAUCACCCCGCCCCAUUCUCCUGCUUUCCAUCCACCCGCCCCAUUCUCAUGCUUUCCAUCACCCUGCCUCAUUCUCCCGCUUUCCAGCACCUUGCUUCAUUCUCCUGCUUUCCAUCACCCUGCCCCAUUCUCCCGCUUUCCAUCACCCUGCCUCAUUCUCCCGCUUUCCAUCACCCCGCCCCAUUCUUAAGCUUUCCAUCACCCCGCCCCGUUCUCCCGCUUUCCAUCACCCCGCCCCAUUCUCAAGCUUUCAAUCACCCCGCCCCCUUCUCGCGCUUUCCAUCACCCCGCCCCCUUCUCCCGCUUUCCAUCACCCCGCCCCAUUCUCCCGCUUUCCAUCACCCCGCCCCAUUCUCCCGUUUUUCAUCACCCCGCCCCAUUUUCCCGCUUUCCAUCACCCCUCCCCAUUCUCCCGCUUUCCAUCGCCCUGCCCCAUUUUCCCGCUUUCUAUCACCCCGCCCCAUUCUCCUGCUUUCCAACAACCCGCCUCAUUCUCCCUCUUUCCAUCACCCCGCCCCCUUCUUUCGCAUUCCAUCACCCCGCCCCAUUCUCCCGCUUUCCAUCACCCCGCCCCCUUCUCCCGCUUUCCAUCACCCCGCCCCAUUCUCAUGCUUUCCAUCACCCUACCUCAUUCUCCCGCUUUCCAGCACCUUGCUUCAUUCUCCCGCUUUCCAUCACCCUGCCCCAUUCUCCCGCUUUCCAUCACCCUGCCUCAUUCUCCCGCUUUCCAUCACCCCGCCCCAUUCUUAAGCUUUCCAUCACCCCGCCCCAUUCUCCCGCUUUCCAUCACCCCGCCCCGUUCUCAAGCUUUCAAUCACCCCGCCCCCUUCUCCCGCUUUCCAUCACCCCGCCCACUUCUCCCGCUUUCCAUCACCCCGCCCCAUUCUCCCGCUUUCCAUCACCCCGCCCCAUUCUCCCGUUUUUCAUCACCCCGCCCCAUUCUCCCGCUUUCCAUCACCCCUCUCCAUUCUCCCGCUUUCCAUCGCCCUGCCCCAUUUUCCCGCUUUCUAUCACCCCGACCCAUUCUCCUGCUUUCCAUCACCCCGCCUCAUUCUCCCUCUUUCCAUCACCCCGCCCCCUUCUUUCGCAUUCUGUCACCCCGCCCCAUUCUCCCGCUUUCCAUCACCCCGCCCCCUUCACCCGCUUUCCAUCACCCCGCCCCAUUCUCCCGCUUUCCAUCACCCCGCCCCAUUCUCCCGCUUUCCAUCACACCGCCCCAUUCUCUUGCUUUCCAUCACCGCGCCCCAUUCUCCCUCCUUCCAUCACCCCGCCCCAUUCUCCCGCUUUCCAUCACCCCGCCCCAUUCUCCCGCUAUCCAUCACCCCGCCCCAUUCUCCCGCUUUCCAUCACGCCGCCCCAUUCUCCCGCUUUCGAUCACCCACCCCAUUCUCUCGCUUUCCAUCACCCCGUCACAUUCUCCCGCUUUCCAUCAUCCCGCCCCAUUUUCCCGCUUUCCAUCACCCCGCCCCAUUCUCCCGCUUUCCAUCACCCCGCCCCAUUCUCCCGCUUUCCAUCACCCCGCCCCAUUCAACCGCUUUCCAUCACCCCGCCCCAUUCUCCCUCUUUCCAUCACCCCGCCCCAUUCUCCCGCUUUCCAUCACCCCGCCCCAUUCUCCCGCUUUCCAUCACCCCGCCCCAUUCUACCGCUUUCCAUCACCCCGCCCCCUUCUCCCGCUUUCCAUCAUGCUGCCCCAUUCUCCUGCUUUCCAUCACCCCGCCCCAUUGUCCCGCUUUCCAUCACCCCGCCUCAUUUUCCCGCUUUCCUUCACCCCGCCCCUUUCUCGCGCUUUCCAUCACCCCGCCCCAUCCUUCCGCUUUCCAUCACUCCGCCCCGUUCUCCCACUUUCAAUCACCCACCCCAUUCUCCCGCUUUCCAUCACCCGGCCACAUUCUCCCACUUUCCAUCACCUCACCCCAUUUUCCCGCUUUCCAUCACCCCGCCCCAUUCUCCCUCUUUCCAUCACCCCGCCCCAUUCUCCCGCUUUCCAUCACCCCGCCCCCUUCUUUUGCAUUCCAUCACCCCGCCCCAUUCUCCCGCUUUCCAUCACCCCGCCCCCUUCUCCCGCGUUCCAUCACCCCGCCCCAUUCUCCCGCUUUCCAUCACCCCGCCCUAUUCUCCCGCUUUCCAUCACCCCGCCCCAUUCUCCCGCUUUCCAUCACCCCGCCCCAUUCUCCCGUUUUUCAUCACCCCGCCCCAUUCUCCCGCUUUCCAUCACCCCUCUCCAUUCUCCCGCUUUCCAUCGCCCUGCCCUAUUUUCCCGCUUUCUAUCACCCCGACCCAUUCUCCUGCUUUCCAUCACCCCGCCUCAUUCUCCCUCUUUCCAUCACCCUUCCCCCUUCUUUCGCAUUCUGUCACCCCGCCCCAUUCUCCCGCUUUCCAUCACCCCGCCCCCUUCUCCCGCUUUCCAUCACCCCGCCCCAUUCUCCCGCUUUCCAUCACCCCGCCCCAUUCUCCCGCUUUCCAUCACGCCGCCCCAUUCUCUUGCUUUCCAUCACCGCGCCCCAUUCUCCCUCCUUCCAUCACCCCGCCCCAUUCUCCCGCUUUCCAUCACCCCGCCCCAUUCUCCCGCUAUCCAUCACCCCGCCCCAUUCUCCCGCUUUCCAUCACGCCGCCCCAUUCUCCCGCUUUCGAUCACCCACCCCAUUCUCUCGCUUUCCAUCACCCCGUCACAUUCUCCCGCUUUCCAUCAUCCCGCCCCAUUUUCCCGCUUUCCAUCACCCCGCCCCAUUCUCCCGCUUUCCAUCACCCCGCCCCAUUCUCCCUCUUUCCAUCACCCCGUCACAUUCUCCCGCUUUCCAUCACCCCGCCCCAUUCUCCCGCUUUCCAUCACCCCGCCCCAUUCUCCCGCUUUCCAUCACCCCGCCCCAUUCUCCCUUUUUCCAUCACCCCGCCCCAUUCUCCCGCUUUCCAUCACCCCGCCCCAUUAUCCCGCUUUCCAUCACCCCGCCCCAUUCUACCGCUUUCCAUCACCCCGCCCCCUUCUCCCGCUUUCCAUCAUGCUGCCCCAUUCUCCCGCUUUCCUUCACCCCGCCCCUUUCUCGCGCUUUCCAUCACCCCGCCCCAUCCUUCCGCUUUCCAUCACUCCGCCCCGUUCUCCCGCUUUCAAUCACCCACCCCAUUCUCCCGCUUUCCAUCACCCGGCCACAUUCUCCCGCUUUCCAUCACCUCACCCCAUUUUCCCGCUUUCCAUCACCCCGCCCCAUUCUCCCUCUUUCCAUCACCCCGCCCCAUUCUCCCGCUUUCCAUCACCCCGCCCCCUUCUUUCGCAUUCCAUCACCCCGCCCCAUUCUCCCGCUUUCCAUCACCCCGCCCCCUUCUCCCGCGUUCCAUCACCCCGCCCCAUUCUCCCGCUUUCCAUCACCCCGCCCUAUUCUCCCGCUUUCCAUCACCCUGCCCCAUUCUCCCGCUUUCCAUCACCCCGCCCCAUUCUCCCUCCUUUCAUCACCCCGCCCCAUUCUCCCGCUUUCCAUCACCCCGCCACAUUCUCCCGCUUUCGAUCAACCACCCCAUUCUCCCGCUUUCCAUCACCCCGCCACAUUCUCCUGCUUUGCAUCACCCCGCCCCAUUCUCCCGCUUUCCAUCACCCCGCCCCAUUCUCCCGCUUUCCAUGACCCUGCCCCAUUCUACCGCUUUCCAUCACCCCGCCCUAUUCUCCCUCUUUCCAUCACCCCGCCCCAUUCUCACGCUUUUCAUCACCCCGCCUCAUUCUCCCGCUUACCAUCACCCCGCCCCAUUCUCCCGCUUUCCAUCACCCCGCUUCAUUCUCCCGCUUUCCAUCACCCCGCUCCAUUCUCCCGCUUUCCAUCACCCCACCCCAUUCUCCCGCUUUCCAUCACCCCGCCCCAUUCUCCCGCUUUCCAUCACCCCGCCCCAUUCUCCGGCUUUCCAUCACCCCACCCCAUUGUCCCACUUUCUAUCACCCCGCCUCAUUCUCCUGCUUUCCAUCACCCCGCCCCAUUCUCAAGCAUUCCAUCACCCCACCCCAUUCUCCCACUUUCGAUCACCCCGCCCCAUUCUCCCGCUUUCGAUCACCCACCCCAUUCUCCCGCUUUCUAUCACCCCGCCACAUUCUUCCGCUUUCCAUCACCCCGCCCCGUUCUCCCGCUUUCCAUCACCCCGCCCCAUUCUCCCGCUUUCCAUCACCCCGCCCCAUUCUCCCGCUUUCCAUCACCCCGCCCCAUUCUCCCGCUUUCCAUCACCCCUCUCCCGCUUUCCAUCAUCCCGCCCCAUUCUUCACCCUUCCAUCACCCCGCCCCAUUCUCCCGCUUUCUAUCACCCCGCCCCAUUCUCCCGCUUUCGAUCACCCACCCCAUUCUCCCGCUUUCCAUCACCCCGCCACAUUCACCCGCUUUCCAUCACCCCGCCCCAUUCUCCCGGUUUUCAUCAUCCCGCCCCAUUCUCCCGCUUUCCAUCACCCCGCCCCAUUCUCCCGCUUUCCAUCACCCUGCCCCAUUCUCCCGCUUUCCAUCACCCCGUCCCAUUCUCCCUCUUUCCAUCACCCCGCCCCAUUCUCCCUCUUUCCAUCAUCCCGCCCCAUUCUCCCACUUUCCAUCACCGCGCCCCAUUCUCCCGAUUUCUAUCACCCCGCCCUAUUCUCCCGCUUUCCAUCACCCCGCCCCCUUCUCCCGCUUUUCAUCACCCCGCCCCCUUCUCCCGCUUUCCAUCACCCCGCCCCAUUCUCCCGCUUUCCAUCACCCCGCCCCCUUCUCCCGCUUUCCAUCACCCCGCCCCAUUCUCCCGCUUUCCGUCACCCCGCCCCAUUCUCCCUCCUUCCAUCACUCCGCCCCAUUCUCCCGCUUUCCAUCACCCCGCCCCAUUCUCACGCUUUCCAUCACCCCGCCUAUUCUCCCGCUUUCCAUCACCCUGCCCCAUUUUCCCGCUUUCCAUCACCCUGCCCCAUUCUUCCGCUUUCCAUCACCCUGCCCCCUUCUUUCGCAUUCCAUCACCCCGCCCCAUUCUCCCACUUUCCAUCACCCCGCCCCAUUCUUCCGCUUUCCAUCACCUCGCUCCAUUCUCCAUCCUUCCAUCACCCCGCCCCAUUCUCCCGCUUUCCAUCACCCCGCCCCAUUCUCCCGCUUUCCAUCAUCCCCCCCAUUCUCCCGCUUUCCAUCAACCCGCAUCAUUCUCCCGCUUUCCAUCACCCCGCCCCAUUCUCCCGCUUUCCAUCACCCCGCCCCAUUCUCUCGCUUUCCAUCACCUUGCCCCAUUCUUCCACUUUCCAUCACCCCGCCCCAUUCUCCCGCUUUCCAUCACCCCGUCCCAUUCUUCCUCUUUCCAUCACCCCGCCCCAUUCUCCCGCUUUCCAUCACCCCGCCCCAUUCUCCCGCUUUCCAUCACCCCGCCCCAUUCUCCCGCUUUCCAUCACCCUGCCCCAUUCUCCCGCUUUCCAUCACCCCGCCCCAUUCUCCCGCUCUCCAUCACCCAGUCCCAUUCUCCCGCUUUCCAUCACCGCGCCCCAUUCUCCCUCCUUCCAUCACCCCGCCCCAUUCUCGCGCUUUCCAUCACCCCGCCCCAUUCUCACGCUUUCCAUCACCCCGCCUCAUUCUCCCGCUUUUUAUCACCCCACCCCAUUCUCCCGCUUUCCAUCACUCCGCCCCCUUUUUUCGCAUUCCUUCACCCCGCCCCAUUCUCCCGCUUUCCAUCACCCCGCCCCAUUCUCCCGCUUUCCAUCACCCUGCCCCAUUCUCCCGGUUUCCAUCACCCCGUCCCAUUCUCCCUCUUUCCAUCACCCCGCCCCAUUCUCCCUCUUUCCAUCACCCCGCCCCAUUCUCCCGCUUUCCAUCACCGCGCCCCAUUCUCCCGAUUUCCAUCACCCCGCUCCAUUCUCCUGCUUUCGAUCACCCACCCCAUUCUUCCGCUUUCCAUCACCCCGCCCCCUUCUCCCGCUUUCCAUCACCCCGCCCCCUUCUCCCGCUUUCCAUCACCCCGCCCCAUUCUCCCGCUUUCCAUCACCCCGCCCCAUUCUCCCUCCUUCCAUCACUCCGCCCCAUUCUCCCGCUUUCCAUCACCCCGCCCCAUUCUCACGCUUUCCAUCACCCCGCCUCAUUCUCCCGCUUUCCAUCACCCUGCCCCAUUUUCCCGCUUUCCAUCACCCCGCCCCAUUCUUCCGCUUUCCAUCACCCUGCCCCCUUCUUUCGCAUUCCAUCACCCCGCCCCAUUCUCCCACUUUCCAUCACCCCGCCCCAUUCUCCCGCUUUCCAUCACCCCGCCCCACUCUCCCGCUUUCCAUCACCCCGCCCCAUUCUCCCGCUUUCCAUCACCCCGCCCCAUUCUUCCGCUUUCCAUCACCUCGCUCCAUUCUCCAUCCUUCCAUCACCCCGCCCCAUUCUCCCGCUUUCCAUCACCCCGCCCCAUUCUCCCGCUUUCCAUCAUCCCCCCCAUUCUCCCGCUUUCCAUCAACCCGCCCCAUUCUCCCGCUUUCCAUCACCCCGCCCCAUUCUCCCGCUUUCCAUCACCCCGCCCCAUUCUCUCGCUUUCCAUCACCUUGCCCCAUUCUUCCACUUUCCAUCACCCCGUCCCAUUCUUCCUCUUUCCAUCACCCCGCCCCAUUCUCCCGCUUUCCAUCACCCCGCCCCAUUCUCCCGCUUUCCAUCACCCCGCCCCAUUCUCCCGCUUUCCAUCACCCUGCCCCAUUCUCCCGCUUUCCAUCACCCCGCCCCAUUCUCCCGCUUUCCAUCACCCCGCCCCAUUCUCAAGCUUUUCAUCACCCCGCCCCAUUCUCCCGCUUUCCAUCACCCCGCUCCAUUCUCCUGCUUUCGAUCACCCACCCCAUUCUCCCGCUUUCCAUCACCCCGCCACAUUCUCCCGCUUUUCAUCACCCCGCCCCGUUCUCCCGCUUUCCAUCACCCCGCCCCGUUCUCCCGCUUUCCAUCACCCUGCCCCAUUGUCCCGCUUUCCAUCACAUCACCCCGCCCCAUUCUCCCACUUUCAAUCACCCCGCCCCAUUCUCCCGCUUUCCAUCACCCCACCCCAUUCUCCCGCUUUCCAUCACCCCGCCCCAUUCUCCCUCCUUCCAUCACCCCGCCCCAUUCUCGUCUUUCCAUCACCCCGCCCCAUUCUCAUGCUUUCCAUCACCCCGCCUCAUUCUCCCGCUUUUCAUCACCCCACCCCAUUCUCCCGCUUUCCAUCACUCCGCCCCCUUCUUUCGCAUUCCUUCACCCCGCCCCAUUCUCCCACUUUCCAUCACCCCGCCCCCUUCUCCCGCUUUCCUUCACCCCGCCCCAUUCUUCCGCUUUCCAUCUGUCAAAAUGAGAAAAGUGAAUGA